CCCUGUCAGUGAGCAGUGGCACCAUGGGGACUAUGGGUCCAGUUAUUUGGAUCCUUUCUACUUUGGCUCUCACACAUUCCUUAAGUGUACCACGAGUGAUGAAACCGGCACACAACAACCUUGUCUGCAGCACCUGGGGAAAUUUUCACUAUAAGACCUUCGAUGGAGAAAUCUAUCAGUUUCCAGGAACAUGCAACUAUAUAUUUGCCUCAAACCGUAAAGAAGACUUCAACAUCCAGAUACGUCGUUCGUCAAGCUCAGAUAGGACAGUGGUGUCCCAUGUGAUGAUAAAGAUUGCGGGCCUUUUCAUCGAGAUGAAGAAAGGUGUGAUCGAAGUGGGAGAUAAAAGGGUCACUCUUCCAUACAGCCAGUUUGGAGUACAAAUUGAGUACAACAAUGUAUAUGUGCAAGUUUCUUCCAAGCUGGGAGUAGUGCUUUUAUGGAAUGAAGCUGAUUCUGUCACGGUGAAUGUUCCAUCAAAAUACAUGAACAGCACACGUGGAUUGUGUGGAAACAUGAAUGGGCUGACUCAGGAUGAGUUUGUGCAUAAAAAUAUCCAGCUGACACCUGUGCAGUUUGGAAACCUGCAAAAGAUGGAUGGACCCACAGAGCAAUGUGAAGACGUUGUACCAUCUACCCCUAAAAAUUGUGGCAAUCUGAAUGAGACCUGUGUCCGCAUGCUUUCCAAUGCAGCCUUCGAUGACUGUGACCUGCGUGUGCCUCAGGAUCUGUACAUCAAGGCCUGUGUGUCUGACCUCUGUAGCUGUCAAAAUUCAUCUGAUGCCUCAUGCUUCUGUGAUACCCUGUCUGAGUAUUCCCGGCAGUGCACCCAUGCUGGUGGGAUGCCCAAAAAUUGGAGAACCGGCACCAUGUGUGAGAGGACCUGUCCAAUGAACAUGAAGUAUAAUGAAUGUGGUUCACCGUGUGCUGAUACUUGUUCCAACUCUGAGCGGACGCUUGUUUGUGAAGAUCAUUGCAUAGAUGGCUGCUUCUGUCCACCAGGAACGGUACUGGAUGAUGUUGAUAACCGAGGUUGCAUCCCUCUCAGUAAAUGUUCCUGCACCUACAACAAUAAGACAUUUGCACCAGGAAAAUUUUAUACCAGCAACUGCCACAACUGCACUUGUCAUGGUGGUCAGUGGAGCUGUGAGGCUUUGCCUUGUGCUGGACGCUGCUCACUUGAGGGAGGCUCACAUGUCUACACCUAUGAUGGCGGUCACUAUAACUUCCAUGGAGACUGUAGCUACAUCUUUACCAAGGACUGUGUCACAAACAUGUUCACUGUGCUGACCGAGCUGAGGAAAUGUGGAGUGACCAAUACGGAAACCUGUCUGAGAAGUAUCACCCUGUCUUUGGCUCAAGGACAGACAGUUCUGACAGUGAAGUCAUCAGGAACUGUGCUUCUGAAUGGGAUCUACACUCGUACACCAUUAGUCACAGAUAAUUUUGCUGUGUUGAAGCCAUCUUCUUUUUAUCUGGUCAUUCAGACCUUCAAUGGGAUCCAGAUCCAGGUUCAGCUUGUUCCAGUCAUGCAGGUCUCAGUGAGGCUGGACCCUGAGUACCAAGGAAAUGCAUGCGGUCUCUGUGGUGACUUCAAUAAGGUCCGGACAGAUGAUUUUAAGUCUCUGAGUGGAGCACUUGAGGGGGCAGCAGCUGCCUUUGCCAACACCUGGAAGGGCCAGGCAGACUGCAGUGAUGUGAAGGACAGUUUUGAAAACCCAUGUGCACUAAGUGUAGACAAUGAGAGGUUUGCCAAGUUUUGGUGCUCUCAGCUCUCGGACAGCAAGGGAACCUUUGCCCAAUGCCAUGCUGUUGUGAAUCCAGCUGUGUAUGAGAAGAACUGUAUGUAUGACAGCUGUAACUAUGAGAAGAGUGAAGAACGUGUUUGUGCAGCCUUAUCUGCCUAUGCACGGGCCUGCGCUGCUGAGGGAGUGACUCUAGUUGGCUGGAGAGGCGACCUCUGCGAAAAAUACACAAAGGACUGCCCAAAAAACAGCACUUACCAGUACUCUAUUACUACUUGCCAGAAAAGCUGUCGCUCUCUCAGUGAGCCUGACCCCAGCUGCAGCUUCCAUUUCACUCCCCUGGAUGGCUGUGCUUGUCCAAAUGGAACAUUCCUUAAUGACAAUGGAGCCUGUGUACCAGCUGGGAACUGCCCUUGUUACUACAAUGGUUCAAUGGUGCCCCCUGGAGAAGUCAUUUAUGACAAUGGUGCCAUGUGCACAUGUACAAGUGGAAGACUACGCUGUGUUGGGAAGACACUCAGUAUUGCAAAGUGCCCAAAAAACAUGGUUUAUUUUGACUGUGCCAAUGCGACAAAUGGAGCAAAUGGAGCAGAGUGUCAGAAGACAUGUCAGACCCUGGACAUGGAAUGUUUAAGUAUUCAGUGUGCCUCUGGCUGUGUCUGUCCGAAAGGGCUUGUGCUCAAUAACAAUGGCAAUUGUGUGCCCGAGGAAGAGUGUCCAUGUAUACACAAUGGUGAGGUUUACCACAGCGGGGAGAGCAUUCUGCAAGACUGUAAUACCUGUACUUGCAAGGACCGGAAAUGGCAAUGUACAGAGAAAGAGUGUCACAAGACCUGUGUAGUAUAUGGAGAAGGCCAUUAUAGAACAUUUGAUGGCAAACGUUUCAGUUUUAACGGUGUUUGCGAGUACACUCUGACACAGGACUACUGUGCAUCCAACCCUGGAAAUGGUUCAUUCAGAAUUAUCUCUGAAAACAUCCAAUGUGGAACAACUGGGACUACCUGUUCCAAGGCCAUUAAAGUAUUUUUGGGGAACUUUGAGUUGAAAUUGAGUGAUGGAUCCUUUGAAGUAGUGCAAAGAGAAACUGGUGGUGAUGUUCCCUACCAGAUAAGGAAGAUGGGAAUGUACCUGGUGAUUGAGGCUAAGAAUGGUUUGAUCCUCAUGUGGGACAAGAAGACAAGCAUUCUGAUCAAGUUAAGCCCAGAGUUCAAGGGAAAUGUUUGUGGCCUCUGUGGUAAUUAUGAUGGUAGUGUUUCCAAUGAUUUCACCACAAGAACACAAUCGGUUGUGGUCAAUGUAGAAGAAUUUGGAAACAGCUGGAAAGCUUCGCCAAGCUGUCCUGAUGCUCAGCGUCUAAAGGAUCCAUGCAUUGCCAAUCCAUACCGCCAGUCUUGGUCUCAGAAGCACUGCAGUAUUAUCAUGGAGGCAACAUUCUCAAAGUGCCAUUCUAAAGUUGACCCUACUCCAUACCUUGAGGCUUGUGUUAGUGACACAUGUGGGUGUGACACUGGAGGAGACUGUGAAUGCUAUUGUACAGCUGUCUCAGCUUAUGCCAGAGCUUGUAAUGAUGCCGGAAUCUGUGUUUCAUGGAGAAGCCCAGAAAUAUGCCCUAUGUUUUGUGAUUACUAUAACCCUGAAGGAGAGUGUGAGUGGCACUAUAAACCUUGUGGAGCUCCCUGCUUGAAGACCUGUAGGAACCCCAGUGGCCAGUGUAUGAACAACCUGCCAGGAUUAGAGGGAUGUUAUCCGAAAUGUCCCAAAGCGCGACCUUUCUUCGAUGAGGACAUCAUGAAGUGUGUAGCUCAAGCAGACUGUGGCUGCUAUGAUGAUGAAGGCGAUCGUUACAAUAUUGGGGAUAUGGUACCCUCCUACAGGAACUGUGAAAGCUGCAUUUGCACCAAGAAAGGUCGUCGCUGUCAAAUGGAUCUCAGAGCAUGCUACUGUUACUAUGGUAAUAUGAAGUUCAACUAUGGUGACAUCAUCUACAAUACCACUGAUGGAAUUGGAGGAUGCAUAACUGCUACAUGUUCAUCAAAUGGAACCAUUAUUAGAAGUGUCUAUCCAUGCUCAACUACGACCAAACCUGCCACUACCUUUCAUUUUGAUACCACUGCCAAGCAUGCAGAAAACAUAUCAACUCCAGUACCAGCUUCACCAACCUCUGUGUCUUGCCUUGAAGAAGUAUGUAAAUGGUCAAUGUGGUAUGACAUCACUUGUCCAAAAUAUGGCGAAAAUGAAGGAGAUUUUGAAACCUUUGAGAAUAUAAGACAAAAAGGAUACACUGUAUGUAAAAUACCAACCCAGGUAGAAUGUCGAGCACAAAAGUUUCCAAAGAUCCCUAUUGCUGAUUUGGGUCAGAUUGUUACGUGCAAUACAUCUGUGGGACUUGUGUGUCAUAAUCGAGAUCAGUUCUCCCAGCUCUGCUUUAAUUAUGAGAUCCGAGUUCUGUGCUGCAGCUUUGUGCCUUGUGGAGAAUCAACCAAUCCUUCUUCUUCUGACACUAUAGCUCCUUCACCAUUCAUGACAGUAACAUCAGAAUUUACAACGGCCUCAACUGUCCAACCAGAAGGCACUGUUAGCAAAGCACCAAGUCACUCAACCCAAGGGUUUUCAUCAAUAAAAGCAACAACUAUGUCUACUACUGAAAUGUCAAGACCAACAAGUACACCAUACGUGUACAUAUCUAAAUCCCAUGAAACAACUUUUACCACUUUCUGCAAAGAACAGAAAUGCUCUUGGACACCUUGGUAUGAUGUGCAUUUUCCCAGUAUUGGUGAAUCUGAUGGAGACUUUGAGACCCUGGAGAAUAUCAAAGCUGCUGGCAACAUUAUAUGUAAAAAACCAGACAAUAUUGAGUGUAGAGCUGAGAGAUUUCCAGAUAAAAGCAUUACAGAUGUGGGCCAGGUAGUUACUUGUGACAUCACUCAUGGUCUCAUUUGCAAUAACAAAGAUCAGAAUUCAAACUUUCCACUUUGCUACAAUUAUAGGGUUAGGAUCCUUUGUUGCUCCAUGGAGGAUUGUAAAUCAUCCACUACUUAUGUCCACUCUACAAUCAAGGAUCACGCAACAGAACAUGAAAAAUCUACCUCUCAAAGAUCAGUUUCUGUUAAAACCACUAAAAUGUCUACAGAUUCAGGGGAAGUUACAUCUGACCACAAGUCCACAUCAAGUAAGCCUAUAACAACAAAGACUACAUCUCAUAAAGUAAGCACUGCAUCUGCCAAAUCAACUACAGAAUCUGAACAGGAAAAAUCUACCUCCCAUAGACCAAUUUCUAUUAAAACCACUAAAAUGUCUACAGAAUCUGGGGAAGUGACUUUUGCUCAAAAGUCUACAUCUGUGAAGCCUUUUACAACCAAGGCAACAUCUCAUAAAGUGAGCACUGCAUCCCAUGAAUCAACUACAGAAUCUGAACAUGAAAAAUCCACUUUCCAUGGACCAAUUUCUUUGAAAACGACAAAAAUAUCGACAGAAUCUGGUGAACUGACAUCUGCCCACAGGUCUACAUCAAGUAAGCCUAUAACAACCACAGCUACAUCUCAUAAAGUAAGCACUGCAUCUCCCAAAUCAACUACAGAAUCUGAAGGUAAAAAAUCCACUUCCCAUGGAUCAAUUUCUGUUAAAAUCACGGAAAUGUCUACAGAUUCAGGGGAAGUUACAUCUGAGCACAAGUCCACAUCAAGUAAGCCUAUGACAACAAAGACUACAUCUCAUAAAGUAAGCACUGCAUCCCAUAGAUCAACUACAGAAUCUGAACAUGAAAAAUCCACCUCCCAUAGACCAAUUUCUAUUAAAACCACUGAAAUGUCUACAGAAUCUGGGGAAGUGACUUCUGCUCACAAGUCUACAUCUGUGAAGCCUAUAACAACCAAGGCAACAUCUCAUAAAGUAAGCACGGCAUCCCAUAAAUCAACUACAGAAUCUGAACAUGAAAAAUCCACUUCCCAUGGACCAAUUUCUUUGAAAACCACUAAAACAUCUACAGAAUCUGGUGAAGUGACAUCUGUUCACAGGUCUACAUCAAAUAAGCCUAUAACAACCAAAGCUACAUCUCAUAAAGUAAGCACUGCAUCUCCCAAAUCAACUACAGAAUCUGAAGGUAAAAAAUCCACCUCCCAUGGAUCAAUUUCUGUUAAAACCACAAAAAUGUCUACAGAUUCAGGGGAAGUUACAUCUGAGCACAAGUCCACAUCAAGUAAGCCUAUGACAACAAAGACUACAUCUCAUAAAGUAAGCACUGCAUCCCAUAGAUCAACUACAGAAUCUGAACAUGAAAAAUCCACCUCCCAUAGACCAAUUUCUAUUAAAACCACUGAAAUGUCUACAGAAUCUGGGGAAGUGACUUCUGCUCACAAGUCUACAUCUGUGAAGCCUAUAACAACCAAGGCAACAUCUCAUAAAGUAAGCACGGCAUCCCAUAAAUCAACUACAGAAUCUGAACAUGAAAAAUCCACUUCCCAUGGACCAAUUUCUUUGAAAACCACUAAAACAUCUACAGAAUCUGGUGAAGUGACAUCUGUUCACAGGUCUACAUCAAAUAAGCCUAUAACAACCAAAGCUACAUCUCAUAAAGUAAGCACUGCAUCUCCCAAAUCAACUACAGAAUCUGAAGGUAAAAAAUCCACCUCCCAUGGAUCAAUUUCUGUUAAAACCACAAAAAUGUCUACAGAUUCAGGGGAAGUUACAUCUGAGCACAAGUCCACAUCAAGUAAGCCUAUAACAAAAAAGACUACAUCUCAUAAAGUAAGCACUGCAUCCCACAGAUCAACUACAGAAUCUGAACAUGAAAAAUCCACCUCCCAUAGACCAAUUUAUAUUACAACCACUAAAAUGUCUACAGAAUCUGGGGAAGUGACUUCUGCUCACAAGUCUACAUCUGUGAAGCCUAUUACAAGCAAGGCAACAUCUCAUAAAGUAAGCACUGCUUCCCAUAAAUCAACUACAGAAUCUGAACAUAAAAAAUCCACUUCCCAUGGACCAAUUUCUUUGAAAACAACUAAAACAUCUACAGAAUCUGGUGAAGUGACAUCUGCCCACAGGUCUACAUCAAGCAAGCCUAUAACAACCACAGCUACAUCUCAUAAAGUAAGCACUGCAUCUCCCAAAUCAUCCAGUACAGCUAAAACAACAAGAAAUCCAUCAACACCUCAUACAGACCGUACUACAACAAGGAGAGAAAUUACAACUUCAGAAAUAAACUGUAUACCUACAUGCCAGUGGUCACAGUGGUUUGAUGUUAGCUUUCCUAACCUGGACAAAAAUGGAGACUUUGAAACUUACGAAGAAAUAAAGAUGUCAGGAUUUCAAAUCUGUGAAGAGCCUUCAAAAAUUCAGUGCAGAUCUGCAGAUCUCCCAGACAUUCCACUGGAAGAAUUACAGCAGAAUGUGCAAUGCAAUGUUAGCUAUGGCCUUGUUUGUCAAAAUGAAGAUCAAACUGGACCAUUUCCGUAUUGUUACAACUAUGAAAUUCGUGUCUUAUGCUGUUCUGGCUGUGCAUCUACAAUGGUUUCACCUGCAUUUACAGAUCAUCAGACAUCUAAUGUAGAGGUGCAUACAUAUGCACCUCUAUCAACCAAAACAACUAAAGUUAUAACAGCACCACUGGAAAUGGAAACCACAAAACCCACACUGAGCACAAUGAAAAUAUUAUCUACUACUAGUAAGGCAGCAGGUUCUAUGACUACUAAAGUGUCUUCCCAUGAGCCUUCUAAAAUGACAACUACAGUUGAAACAACAGAACAUUGGGAAACCAAAUCACAAAAAACUGUUUCCACAAUUAAACCCACUACCAAAUAUGGUGAGAUGACAACUAAAGCUACAUCUCCAAAAGUAACCACUGCAUCCCAUAUACCAACCACAGAAUAUAAACAUGAGUCUACCUCUCAUGGACCAAGUUUCACCAAGACAACAAAAAUGUUUACAAAGCCCACUGAAGUGACAUUUGUCUACAAAUCUACAUCCAGCAUGCCUACAACAGCAAAAAUAACAUCUCCUAACAUGGAUACAGCAUCCCAUAAAACAACCACAGAAUCUGAGGUUACAUCUGCCCAUAUGUCUACAUCAAGUAAAACUGUAACAACAAAAGCAACAUCUCAAAAAGUAAGCACUGAAUUCCAUAAAUCAACCACAGAAUCUGAACAUGAGAAAUCCACGUCUCAAAGUCCAGUUUCUAUUAAAACUACUAAAAUGUCCACAGCUUCUGGGGAAGUUACAUCUGCCCACAAGUCAACAUCAAGUAAGCCUAUGACAACAAAGGAAACAUCUCAAAAAGUAAGCACUUUAUCCCAUAAAUCAACCAGAGAAUCUGAACAUGAAGAAGCCACCUCUCAUGGACCAGUUUCUAUUAAAACUACUAAAUUGUCUACAGAAUCUGGGGAAGUGACGUCUGCCCACAAGUCAACAUCAAGUAAACCUAUAACAACAAACGCGACAUCUCAAAAAGUAAGCGUGCCAUCCCAUGAAUACACUACAGAAUCUGAACAUGAAAAAUCUACCUCUCAAAGAUCAGUUUCUGUUAAAACCACUAAAAUGUCUACAGAUUCAGGGGAAGUUACAUCUGACCACAAGUCCACAUCAAGUAAGCCUAUAACAACCAAGAAUACAUCUCAUAAAGUAAGCACUGCAUCUGCCAAAUCAACUACAGAAUCUGAACAGGAAAAAUCUACCUCCCAUAGACCAAUUUCUAUUAAAACCACUAAAAUGUCUACAGAAUCUGGGGAAGUGACUUUUGCUCAAAAGUCUACAUCUGUGAAGCCUUUUACAACCAAGGCAACAUCUCAUAAAGUGAGCACUGCAUCCCACGAAUCAACUACAGAAUCUGAACAUGAAAAAUCCACUUCCCAUGGACCAAUUUCUUUGAAAACGACAAAAAUAUCGACAGAAUCUGGUGAACUGACAUCUGCCCACAGGUCUACAUCAAGUAAGCCUAUAACAACCACAGCUACAUCUCAUAAAGUAAGCACUGCAUCUCCCAAAUCAACUACAGAAUCUGAAGGUAAAAAAUCCACUUCCCAUGGAUCCAUUUCUGUUAAAAUCACGAAAAUGUCUACAGAUUCAGGGGAAGUUACAUCUGAGCACAAGUCCACAUCAAGUAAGCCUAUGACAACAAAGACUACAUCUCAUAAAGUAAGCACUGCAUCCCACAGAUCAACUACAGAAUCUGAACAUGAAAAAUCCACUUCUCAUGGACCAAUUUCUUUGAAAACCACUAAAAUGUCUACAGAAUCUGGGGAAGUGACUUCUGCUCACAAGUCUACAUCUGUGAAGCCUAUUACAACCAAGGCAACAUCUCAUAAAGUAAGCACUGCAUCCCAUAAAUCAACUACAGAAUCUGAACAUAAAAAAUCCACUUCCCAUGGACCAAUUUCUUUGAAAACCACUAAAACAUCUACAGAAUCAAGUGAAGUGACACCUGCCCAUAGGUCUACAUCAAGCAAGCCUAUAACAACCACAGCUACAUCUCAUAAAUUAAGCACUGCAUCUCCCAAAUCAACUACAGAAUCCGAAGGUAAAAAAUCCACCUCCCAUGGAUCUAUUUCUGUUAAAACCACUAAAAUGUCUACAGAUUCAGGGGAAGUUACAUCUGAGCACAAGUCCACAUCAAGUAAGCUUAUAACAACAAAGACUACAUCUCAUAAAGUAAGCACUGCAUCUCAUAAAUCAACUACAGAAUAUGAACAUGAAAGAUCCACUUCCCAUGGACCAAUUUCUUUGAAAACCACUAAAAUGUCUACAGAAUCUGGGGAAGUGACUUUUGCUCACAAGUCUACAUCUGUGAAGCCUAUUACAACCAAGGCAACAUCUCAUAAAGUAAGCACUGCAUCCCAUGAAUCAACUACAGAAUCUGAACAUGAAAAAUCCACUUCCCAUGGACCAAUUUCUUUGAAAACCACUAAAAUGUCUACAGAAUCUGGGAAAGUGACUUCUGCUCACAAGUCUACAUCUGUGAAGCCUAUUACAACCAAGGCAACAUCUCAUAAAGUAAGCACUGCAUCCCAUAAAUCAACUACAGAAUCUGAACAUGAAAAAUCCACUUCCCAUGGACCAAUUUCUUUGAAAACCACUAAAACAUCUACAGAAUCUGGUGAAGUGACAUCUGCCCACAGGUCUACAUCAAGCAAGCCUAUAACAACCACAGCUACAUCUCAUAAAGUAAGCACUGCAUCUCCAAAUCAACUACAGAAUCUGAAGGUAAAAUCCACCUCCCAUGGAUCUAUUUCUGUUAAAACCACUAAAAUGUCUACAGAUUCAGGGGAAGUUACAUCUGAGCACAAGUCCACAUCAAGUAAGCCUAUAACAACAAAGACUACAUCUCAUAAAGUAAGCACUGCAUCCCACAGAUCAACUACAGAACCUGAACAUGAAAAAUCCACCUCCCAUAGACCAAUUUCUAUUAAAACCACUAAAAUGUCUACAGAAUCUGGGAUGACUUCUGCUCACAAGUCUACAUCUGUGAAGCCUAUUACAACCAAGGCAACAUCUCAUAAAGUAAGCACUGCAUCCCAUAAAUCAACUACAGAAUCUGAACAUGAAAAAUCCACUUCCCAUGGACCAAUUUCUUUGAAAACCACUAAAACAUCUACAGAAUCUGGUGAAGUGACAUCUGCCCACAGGUCUACAUCAAGCAAGCCUAUAACAACCACAGCUACAUCUCAUAAAUUAAGCACUGCAUCUCCCAAAUCAACUACAGAAUCCGAAGGUAAAAAAUCCACCUCCCAUGGAUCUAUUUCUGUUAAAACCACUAAAAUGUCUACAGAUUCAGGGGAAGUUACAUCUGAGCACAAGUCCACAUCAAGUAAGCCUAUAACAACAAAGACUACAUCUCAUAAAGUAAGCACUGCAUCCCACAGAUCAACUACAGAACCUGAACAUGAAAAAUCCACCUCCCAUAGAUCAAUUUCUAUUAAAACCACUAAAAUGUCUACAGAAUCUGGGGAAGUGACUUCUGCUCACAAGUCUACAUCUGUGAAGCCUAUUACAACCAAGGCAACAUCUCAUAAAGUAAGCACUGCAUCCCAUAAAUCAACUACAGAAUCUGAACAUGAAAACCCCACUUCCCAUGGACCAAUUUCUUUGAAAACCACUAAAAUGUCUACAGAAUCUGGGGAAGUGACUUCUGCUCACGAGUCUACAUCUGUGAAGCCUAUUACAACCAAGGCAACAUCUCAUAAAGUAAGCACCGCAUCCCAUGAAUCAACUACAGAAUCUGAACAUGAAAAAUCAACUUCCCAUGGACCAAUUUCUUUGAAAACCACUAAAACAUCUACAGAAUCUGGUGAAGUGACAUCUGCCCACAGGUCUACAUCAAGCAAGCCUAUAACAACCACAGCUACAUCUCAUAAAUUAAGCACUGCAUCUCCCAAAUCAACUACAGAAUCCGAAGGUAAAAAAUCCACCUCCCAUGGAUCUAUUUCUGUUAAAACCACUAAAAUGUCUACAGAUUCAGGGGAAGUUACAUCUGAGCACAAGUCCACAUCAAGUAAGCUUAUAACAACAAAGACUACAUCUCAUAAAGUAAGCACUGCAUCCCAUAAAUCAACUACAGAAUCUGAACAUGAAAAAUCCACUUCCCAUGAACCAAUUUCUUUGAAAACCACUAAAAUGUCUACAGAAUCUGGGGAAGUGACUUCUGCUCACAAGUCUACAUCUGUGAAGCCUAUUACAACCAAGGCAACAUCUCAUAAAGUAAGCACUGCAGCCCAUAAAUCAACUACAGAAUCUGAACAUGAAAAAUUCACUUCCCAUGGACCAAUUUCUUUGAAAACCACUAAAACAUCUACAGAAUCUGGUGAAGUGACAUCUGCCCGCAGGUCUACAUCAAGCAAGCCUAUAACAACCACAGCUACAUCUCAUAAAUUAAGCACUGCAUCUCCCAAAUCAACUACAGAAUCCGAAGGUAAAAAAUCCACCUCCCAUGGAUCUAUUUCUGUUAAAACCACUAAAAUGUCUACAGAUUCAGGGGAAGUUACAUCUGAGCACAAGUCCACAUCAAGUAAGCCUAUAACAACAACGACUACAUCUCAUAAAGUAAGCACUGCAUCCCACAGAUCAACUACAGAACCUGAACAUGAAAAAUCCACCUCCCAUAGACCAAUUUCUAUUAAAACCACUAAAAUGUCUACAGAAUCUGGGGAAGUGACUUCUGCUCACAAGUCUACAUCUGUGAAGCCUAUUACAACCAAGGCAACAUCUCAUAAAGUAAGCACUGCAUCCCAUAAAUCAACUACAGAAUCUGAACAUGAAAAGUCCACUUCCCAUGGACAAAUUUCUUUGAAAACCACUAAAAUGUCUACAGAAUCUGGGGAAGUGACAUCUGAGCACAAGUCCACAUCAAGUAAGCCUAUAACAACAAAGACUACAUCUCAUAAAGUAAGCACUGCAUCCUAUAAAUCAACUACAGAAUCUGAACAUGAAAAAUCUACUUCCCAUGGACCAAUUUCUUUGAAAACCACUAAAAUGUCUACAGAAUCUGGGGAAGUGACUUCUGCUCACAAGUCUACAUCUGUGAAGCCUAUUACAACCAAGGCAACAUCUCAUAAAGUAAGCACUGCAUCCCAUGAAUCAACUACAGAAUCUGAACAUGAAAAAUCCACUUCCCAUGGACCAAUUUCUUUGAAAACCACUAAAACAUCUACAGAAACUGAUGAAGUGACAUCUGCCCACAGGUCUACAUCAAGUAAGCCUAUAACAACCACAGCUACAUCUCAUAAAGUAAGCACUGCAUCUCCCAAAUCAACUACAGAAUCCGAAGGUAAAAAAUCCACCUCCCAUGGAUCAAUUUCUGUUAAAACCACUAAAAUUUCUACAGAUUCUGGGGAAGUUACAUCUGAGCACAAGUACACAUCAAGUAAGCCUAUAACAACAAAGACUACAUCUCAUAAAGUAAGCACUGCAUCCCACAGAUCAACUACAGAACCUGAACAUGAAAAAUCCACCUCCCAUAGACCAAUUUCUAAUAAAACUACUAAAAUGUCUACAGAAUCUUUGGAAGUGACUUCUGCUCACAAGUCUACAUCUAUGAAGCCUAUUACAACCAAGGCAACCUCUCAUAAAGUAAGCACUGCAUCCCAUAAAUCAACUACAGAAUCUGAACAUGAAAAAUCCACUUCCCAUGGACCAAUUUCUUUGAAAACCACUAAAAUGUCUACAGAAUCUGGGGAAGUGACUUCUGCUCACAAGUCUACAUCUGUGAAGCCUAUUACAACCAAGGCAACAUCUCAUAAAGUAAGCACCGCAUCUCAUGAAUCAACUACAGAAUCUGAACAUGAAAAAUCCACUUCCAAUGGACCAAUUUCUUUGAAAACCACUAAAACAUCUACAGAAUCUGGUGAAGUGACAUCUGCCCACAGGUCUACAUCAAGCAAGCAUAUAACAACCACAGCUAUAUCUCAUAAAGUAAGCACUGCAUCUCCCCAAUCAACUACAGAAUCCGAAGGUAAAAAAUCCACCUCCCAUGGAUCAAUUUUGGUUAAAACCACUAAAAUGUCUACAGAAUCUGGGGAAGUGACUUCUGCUCACAAGUCUACAUCUGUGAAGCCUGUUACAACCAAGGCAACAUCUCAUAAAGUAAGCACUGCAUCCCAUAAAUCAACUACAGAAUCUGAACAUGAAAAAUCCACUUCCCAUGGACCAAUUUCUUUGAAAACCACCAAAACAUCUACAGAAUCUGGUGAAGUGACAUCUGCUCACUGGCCUACAUCAAAUAAGCCUAUAACAACCAAAGCUACAUCUCAUAAAGUAAGCACUGCAUCUCCCCAAUCAACUACAGAAUCCGAAGGUAAAAAAUCUACCUCCCAUGGAUCAAUUUCUGUUAAAACUACUAAAAUGUCUACAGAUUCAGGAGAAGUUACAUCUGAGCACAAGUCCACAUCAAGUAAGCCUAUAACAACAAAGACUACAUCUGCGUCCCACAGAUCAACUACAGAAUCUGAAGUUAAAAUAUCCACCUCCCAUAGACCAAUUUCUAUUAAAACCACUGAGAACACAGCAGCGACCACCAGGGAAACAUUCAGUUCUCAACAACCUAUGUCAACUAAACAAUCAACUUUAUCUACAUUUGGAAGUCAUAGCACUGAAAGCACUGUUUCCAAGACAUCAAGACCAGUUACAGCAGGCACGGAAUCAUUUUCUACCACCAGGUGUAUGUGCAAUUUUAACGGAACUAUAGUUUCUCCUGGUAAUGUUCUAUAUAACACAACAGACAAUGAAGGCUGGUGCUUCUACGCACGAUGCAAUGACAAGUGUCAGGUAGAGAGAUAUAGUGAACCUUGUUCUACUGCACCUACUGUGUCAAGCAGCACCAAAACUGCUAAAACGGUGACUGUUAGCACUGCCACCACUAUCACCUCAAAGACAGGAAGCACAACAAAAACACCCACAACAAGCACUAAGACUGCACAGACGAAGACUUCAGCAUCAAGUGUCAGCUCAGCGAGCACCCCAACUCCUGGCUGUAGUGCAGUUAUGCCUCCAAGAAAGGUGAAUGAAACCUGGAUGAUAGAUCAAUGUACCCAUGCUACCUGUAUUGGUCAAAACAAUAUUGUCGUAAACAAAAAAGAGUGUGCACCAGUUAAAAAUGUGGUCUGUGCCAACCGUUUAAAGCCCAGGAAAACAUUUGAUGAGAGUGGCUGCUGCUAUCAGAACGAGUGUGAUUGUGUCUGUGGUGGUUGGGGAACAUCCCAUUAUGUCACCUUUGAUGGUACCUACUAUGCUUUUAAUGGACAAUGCACAUAUAUCCUUGUUCAGCAAAUUACUCCAGUCUUCGACCACUUUCGGGUUUAUAUCGAUAAUUUCGCUUGUGACCCAGAAGACCCAUCUUGUGUUAAGUCCCUUCGUAUUAUGUACAAUAAUGAUACGAUCGUCCUGACCUCUCAAUCUUUGCUCAACCGAAUAACAAACAAGAUUUACAUCAACAAUGAAAGAGUAUACCCUGCAAUCAACAAAAAUGGUAUAACUAUUACAUCCUCAGGCAUUUUUAUGGUAGUGGAGAUACCAGAAAUUGGAGCAUACAUGUCCUUCAAUGUUCUUAGUUUCACUGUCAGGUUGCCAAUCAACAAGUUCUCUGGCAAUACUGAAGGUCAUUGUGGAAAGUGUUCUAACAGUCGAGCAGAUGAUUGUAUUUUGCCUAACGGACAGCAGGCUUCAUCGUGUACUGAGAUGGCAGGACAUUGGGGAGUACCAAAUCAGGACUCGUCAUCAUGCAGUUCCAUCACCACCAGUGCCCCCACUGUUAGUAACCAGCCAACAUUAUCUUACUCUCCCCUUCGAUCCACAUACUUUUCCACUCACUCGUCCAGUGUACCUCAAACUCUACCAACUGUAGUUCCAUCAACGGAAGUGUUUCUACUUCCAUCAACAUUUUCCACCUCAGUCCAAACAACAGAGGAACCCUGCAACACCCCUGAAGUCUGCAUGGUUAUUCUGAGCAGUGUCUUCAAGGAAUGCCAUAAAGUAGUACCACCAGAGCCAUUCUAUCAAGCUUGUGUUAGUGAUGGCUGCACCAAAACAGAAGGCGAGGUUUUGUGCUCCAGUUUACAAAGCUAUGCUAGGCUUUGUGGAAUUGAAGGUGUUUGCAUCGACUGGAGAGAUAGCACUAAUGGCGCAUGUCCCAAGAACUGUUCCUCACACCUCAUAUACAAACCAUGUGGGCCUGCUGUAGAACCCACCUGUAACUCAGAGUACAAUAAUGAAUUCUAUAACAAGACCACAGAUUUCUUAGAAGGAUGCUACUGUCCUGAGGGCACUACAAAAUUCAACACCAUAUCAGACAAAUGUGUAACCAGUUGCGGAUGUACUGGCCCAGAUGGAAUGCCUAGAGAGCCGGGAGAAACAUGGGAAAGCAACUGUCAGACCUGUAUGUGUGAUAAUGCAACAAUGAGUGUGCAGUGUGCAGCAAAAUCCUGUCCAAUGUCUACUCCUGCAUCCUGUACUGAAGAAGGAUCUAUGCCGGUUUCUGUACUCGACUCAUCGAACCCCUGCUGUCAUAUCACAGAAUGCCGUUGCAACAUCAGUCUGUGUUCCGAUGUAAAAGUAGUUUGUGAGCCUGGCUAUGAAGCUGUGCUGCAGAUGAAUGCAGGAGGUUGCUGUCCAGUCUACGAAUGUGUUCCGAAAGAUGUCUGUGUUCAUAAUGGAACAGAGUACCAGCCAGGUGGAAUUGUUCCUUCUUCCAACCCCUGUGAAAUGUGCAUGUGUGAUGGCACUAUGAAUAUGACUUCGGAAAUGCACAAUAUAAACUGCACUCCAGUUUUGUGUAGCAUCAAAUGUGCAGAGGGCUUUACUUACCAAAAAGUUCCUGGACAAUGUUGUGGAACCUGUGUACAGACUCAGUGUAUCAUGGAUCUUCCUGAUAACUCCACUUACCUACUUAAUCCUGGAAAAACCUGGUCACAUCCUGGAGAUAACUGUACAGAGUAUGAAUGUGUGAAAAAUAAAGGCAAAUUAUUGAGUGUGGCAUCCAAAAGAUCAUGUCCAAAGAUCAACCUGGAUGACUGUGUACCGGGAACAAUUGGGAAAGACAGUAAAGGAUGUUGCCUAACUUGUGUCCAAGAAAGAACCAAGUGUCAGAAGGGAAAAACUGAGGAGAUCAUCCUUCAGAAUGGCUGCAAGUCUCUGAAGCCUGUAAAGAUGUCCUAUUGCAAAGGGAGGUGUGAAAGCUACUCCUGGUACUCAGCAAAAUCCAAAUCUAUAAAGCACAAAUGUAGCUGUUGUCGGGAGACAGAAACAGAAAUAGUAACCAUUGAAUUAGGCUGUCCAAAUGGUAAUAUAAUCAAAUACAGCUUUGUUGAUAUCAAGAAGUGUUCCUGUGCUGACUCAGUUUGCAGUAAAGAAGAAGAUGGAAAAACUCCUUAUGUGACAAACUCUAUACCUCAAACCACUGUAAAAGUAAAGAAGAAUACAAAGCCGACCAAGGACAGCAAAGGUCAACAAACAGAGAGCAAAGAAUCAGGAUCAGAGUCUAUCGAAAAUAAAGAGCCUGACACUAGCUCAGAGGAGACAAAUAAGUCUAAGCCAACAUCGCAGCCUGGUGGGAAACAGGUAACAAAGCAAGUCCCCCAGAGCACAAAGAAAGGUCCAAAUACAUCAACGAAAUCCACAGAAAUGUUGAAGAAAAGCAACAUGCCAGGAAUUGGAGAAGUUCCUUAUGUGACAAACUCUAUACCUCAAACCACUGUAAAAGUAAAGAAGGCUACAAAGCCGACCAAGGACAGCAAAGGUCAACAAAGAGAGAGCAAAGAAUCAGGAUCAGAGUCUAUUGAAAAUAAAGAGCCUGACACUAGCUCAGAGGAGACAAAUAAGUCUAAGCCAAUAUCACAGCCAGGUGGGAAACAGGUGACAAAGCAAGUCCCCCAGAGCACAAAGAAAGGUCCAAAUACAUCAACGAAAUCCACAGAAGUGUUGAGGAAAAUCAUAUGGGAAAAUAAGUAAUAAUAAUUAGUACUUGAUCACCUAAUCAAAAACAAGCAAAAUAUACAAAAAUGUUUCCAACUGUAAAGUGUGGUUAAACCCAGGCACAAAAGAUAUUGGGGUUUGCCAGUCCUUAGAUGUGUUUUUUUUUUCUUUAUGUUUACCUGCUGUUACUGAAAAUAACCAAAGGUGGCUCCACUGCAAAUGUGGAGGGAGCUAUUGUUGUCCUCAAGGCUGGACAUCAAACAUGUCAUAAUUCAUCUCCAUUAUAUGGUGGAUGAGGAAGUUAGUAGUUAUUAUAGAAAAAAAAAGGAUUCUUCUUUAUGUUUUCAGUUAAGGUUAGAGGAAUGACACGAGGCAUUGCAUUUUUGGACUUGCUGAAAAUAUUCUAAGGACUGAUAAGCUGCAAUAUAUUACAAUUUUGUUCUUGGGUUUAGUUAUUUAAUUACUGUAUAUAAUCAAUGUAAUUAAACUUUAUGACUAAACUUAUUGUGCUUAAAUUAUGGCGUGCUGGGUGAGAUUUCUUUGUGAACAAUGAUUUCUGUACUCAAAAUGUCGUAAUUUUUAUUUAUAACGUUGAUUAAUAAACUUAUUUUGAGCAAGUUA